AAAUUUUGUUUAAUUUAAAGAAAUAAAAACCAUCUGAAACCUUUGUAUAAUGAGUGCAUCAGAAUUAGAAGAAAAGGUCAAAGCUAAGCGCUUCCGGGCAGCACCAACACAUCAUUGGAGUAGUGAGCAAACUAGAAGCCUUUUAGAGAAAGUGCGCCUUUUAGUAAAAGACCGCCCGGAGUCAUUUGAGAAGCCUAUUGCACAAAAAUUUUAUUCGAAAAUAUCUGCUAAGUGCCCUUUGCUCGCAAACAUUAAUUGGAAAGUGAUGAAGAGCAAAAUGCGCUAUUUAAUUAAAAAUGGAUUAAAUGGCGCUGGAUUAAUUAAAAAUGGAGAAGAAGAAAGCGUUAAGGACUACAUUCAAAAUAUUUGUCCCUUCUUCGAAAUACUGGACGAGAUUUUUGGGCUCAGAAAGGGCGUGAACCCUACGGUUAUAAUUGAGAGUAGCAAUAUAGAAGUCCUCUAUGAAGACAGCGAGGAGGUUUUUUUAUUUGAUAAUGUUGAUGAUAGUAUUUCAAAUAGUUGCUCGAGUUCACGUAUAUCAGCCAGUACUCCUAUUCCGCCCAAUACUCCACAGCCAGACGUUCAUUUAUCACUGGAAUUAUCAUCGAACAAUGCGAGCAGCUUCAACGGCGACUUAGAGAUUGAGAAUUUAAAAAAAGGAAUGACAUCGAAACACAGCCUAAAGAAAAAGCAUAAUCCAAAUGCAAACUCUGCCGGCGUAUUACAAGGAAUGCUUGAAGCAAAAUUGGACUUGGAGAAGCAAAAAUUUGACUGGAUGAAAGAAAAAGAAAAACAGGAAUUGGAGAUGAAAAAGCUAGAAAUUGAAAGUGAUGAACGACUUGCUUCGGCGAAAGUGAAAUUCGAAAAUGAAAGAGAAGAAAAACUCAAAAUGUACGAACUAGAGUUAAAAUAUAAAAAAGCAUAAGAACUUUUUAAUCCUCACAUAUAUUUUGUGUCUUUAAAGAUUACAUAUAUACAAAUAAAGAAGACCUUAACAGUU